ACAACACAACUAGACAAAAAUGAAUGCAUUAAUUGUUAAAUCUGCACUCGAAUAUUUAGAGCUAAGCACAGUCGUCGCAAUAUUAAUCAUCAUAGCAUGUGCACUUUUAUCAUAUCAAAUCUCUGCUCGAAGGCCUUUAUAUUAUAACUUAUUUGUUGUAGAAAUGCACACUUGGACAACUAGGAGGAUGGUGCAGGUUCUUCAUCUCGGUCAAGAGUUCACACCGCCCGUCACAUGGGAACGAUUAGUUCAACGAAUGAGGGCAAGAGCUCCACGAAUUCAAGGAGAGCAAAGAGUGGCAAUUUCUGAUACAAAUAUUGUGAUACAGUCGCCGAAUACGGUUAUUGAUUCACCAGCUCCUGCAAGAUCACCAGACGUUGACCUAAUAACAUUAUGGGACAUUGAAAUGCCGCCACCGAGUGCUGGUCACGUGCCUGACGCCACAAGGGAUAGUCAGUAUGCUGCUGCAGCGGCGAUAGCAAUUUUAGCUAGAGGAGACGACGCAUCUUUGAUGUCUCGAACGUACAGGCCUCAACUUCGUCCACCAACAGAACGAUCUGGAAAUACUCGAGUUGAUGAGUCGAGACCCAGCGAAAAUUCUUCACGACAUGAUUACGUUACUACAGACGUUACGUAUACGACUCCAUCAAUAAACCCGGAUAUGCAACAUCAUCUUUCAACAAGAACGUCAAAUGUAACACAAACUCAGCCUCCAACAAAUCAAGUGUUCGCUGAUACACCAGAGCUUACAGAAGAUAUUGUGAUAGAUCAACAGGAAGAAGAUGAUGAAGAGGAUGACGAUGACGAUAGUUCAGAUGAUGCAAUAAUAGAAGAUCAUGAAGAAGAAGAAGGUCAAGAUGAUGAUGAAGAAACUGAAAUUGAAAUUGAUAGAGGAGGUCCUAUUGAAGAAAUUGAGCAAGUCGAAGUUGAGCAAAAUGAGGAUCCGCCACUGGAUGAUCAAGAAGUAGAAGCUCAACCGGAGCAAGUUCUUCAAGAAACUAAAGAAUCCGAAUUUCCAGUAAUCGAAGGACCAUCAGAAGGGAAGAUUUUGAUAAAGCUAAAGUUUAUGAAUGAUACCGAGAAAAACACGUAUGCAUCACUGGAGGAUACUGUAGCAAAGUUCAAAGUAGAUCAUUUCACAAAUCUUGCGAAUCAGGUCAUACGGCUCAUUUAUCAAGGCCAACUUCUCAGAGAAGAUCAUCGAACGCUAGAAGAAUAUGGUCUUCAACCAGGAAGUAUAGUUCAUUGUCAUAUUAGUACAACACCAUAUACACGACCAGGAAUAGCAACUCUUCCUCCAAUUGUCAAUAAUGGUUUUCGACGAAGACCUCGAAGAUCCGUCAGAGCUCCACGUGACACAACUCCAAUGCCGUCGGAAAGUGUUCCAGUAGUUGAUGAGAAUGUUACAACAGCAAGAAGAAGAGCUGCGCAGGACAGAAAUGUUGGACAGAUCUAUUUACUUUUAUCAACAAUGGUUCCAAUUCUUUCUGGAAUUGGAUUGGCAUUUUUCCGUCCUGAUCGAAUUCGAGAUCUACUUCGGCCAGCCACACUUCUGACGAUUAGCCAAUGGGUAUGCAAUUUACUUGUUGAUAAUGGAUUGUUGGAACAAGAUGAUGAUGAUCAGGAAACUCAUUUGCAAACUUCAACAUUAUUUUGGAUUUUUGGAGGUCAAAUGGUCGCAGUGAGCAUAUUUCUGUACUACUUUCCAGAUGUAUUUGAUCGAGUCGGCUUUUCGAUCUUCAUUAUUGUAUUUCUUUACUUCGUUUUUGUGGUUUAUUCACGUCAGCGACGACGCCAACCGGAUCCUGUUGAGGUUCAAAAUGAAAUGAUGGAAAAUCAAAUCGUCCAGGAGACUAUUCGUCUUCUGUAAAUUUUAAUUUAUAUUUCACAAUUCUUGUACACUUCAAAUCGAAACCAUUAUGAUUCUAGCCACAACAAAAUUGCACACAAAAUGGGUAUCAAAACACUUGGUUUUUUUUUCAAAAUUUUCCACUUGAAACGGAUCAGACAGAGGAUGAGAAGAUCCAAACAUACACACAUCGAAUACUGCGAAAUUUUAUUCAAUAAUUCUUAUUCCCCCCACCCCGUCCGUGUGUUCUGUGUAUAUUUGACUCGGUUCUUGUUUUUCAUCUUUCUUUUGCAUCAUCAUUAGAUACUUCACUAGUAAUAAAUUGGUAGCUUU